UUCAGUCGCCCGCGACAUUCAGUCCGCGUUACCAUUAAAUACUCUACCUGUCUACAUUUCAACCAAAGUGCCGGACACGCGCUUUUUUAAAAAACCUUUUCCAAUAAAUAUAAUAAUAAUAAAUCUCACCCUUCUAACAGUCUCAAAAAACCAAGUGCAGUGAAGUGUAAAAAUAUCUUUACUUACAAUUUUUCCUAACAAAAAAAUUUUUCCACCAGAAAAAAUCGAUUAUUAAUUUAUUUAAUUAAAAAAAAAUACUAGGAUGUAAACUAGACGUUAAAUAUAUAAAUAUUAUAAAUGACAAGUUUAAACUCGCCAUGAAUAAUCCUCACUCAUUAUUAUUAUCACCAAUAAUAUUAUCAGGAAUAAUAAUAACAGUUCUCUCUUCGCUAAUAAUUGACACACACGCGCGGUAUCAUCACACCGAUACUGUAAUUCCCCGUCGUCACCGUCAUCGUCAUCUUCAUAUCCACCAGUCGCCAAAUUCCGUCUCGCACCGGCACGAUCAUGAAAAAAAAAUUUUUACCGAUGAAAAUAUCGCCUACGAUGAUUUAUACGAGGACACACCAGAGGACGAUACCCCAGACUCCGACGAGGACUACGACGAUUACGAAUUAGCAAGAACUUCCCGUCAGUACCGUCAUCGACGUUACCAUCCUCGUUAUAUUAAUCACCGUUAUGAUUCCCGACGUCUUCCCAUGCGUUCUUACCGUCGAUUUUACCCCCGGUCUUACGACGGUGACUACAAUUAUUAUGACGAUGAUUACAAUUACGACGGUCAUGUCGACGAAUUGGAGUACCGGAGACUCAGAAAAGAUUUUGCCCGAAAUUACGUCAGGAAAAAUUUUCGACGUCAUCAUAGGCGACGUCACGAUUUCAAAAAAAUUCCUGACGAUGAUUAUGUAGAAGACGAUGAUAAUGAUGAUGAUGAUGAUGCUGGUGAUGAUGAUAAGAGUAAGAAGAAGGUCAAUGUGACUGAUAAGGAGGAAAUUUAUAAGGAGAGCGACGAUAAAGAAGAGAAAGAAGAAGAAGAAGACGAAAUUUGGAAGGAAGUUGAAGAAGAAGAUAAAGAUGAGGACGAAGAUGACGAUGAUGAGGACGAUGAUGAGUAUAAAUAUAAGAGUUUUGAUGACAUUAUCAAGAGUUUUAAAGACGACAAGUCGGCGAGUGUGAAAAGGGAGUACAGAAACAUUGAAGUAAAUCGGGGAUUUAAUGGGGGCUACAAUUUUUCAAACCGCGGGAAUGUGAGAAGAGAAUUAAAAAAUCCUAGUGUUAGUGGGGAUGAGUUUAGUAAGAAGGGAAAUUUAAGGGGGUCGUUAAAAAUCAGAGUGCGCGAUGAGGAUUACGAUAGGAAAAAUUUCCAAUCAGAUAAUGGGGAGGAGGCUGAGGAAGAAGAAGAAACAUCCGCUCCGGUUACAACCUCCGCGCCUAAAAGCACUACAAUGAUGAGCACGGCAGCUGUUAGCACUACUGGUGCAGCUUCGAGGCCUGUCAUUAUCAGCCAGACUUACGAGCGAAGAGAUUCACGAUUCUCGGAUCCCACGAGCUCUGGGUUUACCCCUUUAUCGCACGCCCCGCACAAAGUUCCGGUUAAAGAGAUUAAAAGUUUACAGAAUAAUAAUAAUAGUAAUAAUUACAAUAGCAAUAAAAGUGGUAAAUCUGCUGAAAUAAGAGAAGCCCUACAGCACGCGAUGAAAGUAUCGCGGGAAGGUAGCUGUCAGUGGCCACGUGCGAGAGUUAUACCCGUGAGAGAUGUCUAUCCAAGUCCCUCGACGACUUACAUUCCACACUGCGCGAUUCUUCACAGAUGCUCAGAUGACACUGGCUGCUGUAGAUCUGAAUCGCUUACAUGUGUACCCAAGCAGUCUCACAAAGUUGAAUUAUACUUUUACACAACUAGCAUCGGAGGUGGCAGUGUCGUGGAGAAACUCUCCUUUUACAAUCACACGGAAUGUGAGUGCCGUGAAAAGAGCGAGUAUGGCAUGCAAAAUGAUAAUAAACUACAAGACAGCAAUGAAUUCAAAUCUCAAGUCACUAGACAAAAUCCAUCACUGGUUCCACAGAAUAUUAGGAAGCCUGUCCAAAAAAAACCGUGCCGAUGCCCAUCGGAAUUCACGCCGAGAAUGAAUUUUGAUGGCGAGUGUGUGUGUGAUUGUUUUGAAAAUGACCAAGACUGCUAUCGCGCAAGGAGGGGCAAAGGAUAUUUUUCAUUACGUGAUCGAUUAUGUAUACAAAAUGAAGAAUGUGCAAUGCCGUCAUGUGAAUUCGGUGAUUACAUAAAACGUCAAGGAAGAUGUCCCCGUAAAAAAGAAAAAUUUGACGAAAUUGCCAACAUUUCAAACCACAUGAAUUAUCAUAACCGACAUAGAAGUUGAAAUUAAUAAUUAACAAAAAUCCGUAAGUGACAAAUUAACAAGAAAAACAAAAAGAAAAGUACGUGCCAAAUUGUUUAAUUGCAAAGACUAUUGACCGUAUAGUGAAAAAAAAAAUGCAAAGCAUUUCGUGCCUAUCAACAAAUUUACUCGAUUUAUUUUUUUUACGGCACUAAUUACGUUUAUACCUUAAUUGUACAUAAAUUUGUACACGUGUGUUUAUAAAGUAUGCGUUAAUUAAUAAUAAUUAAUUAA